AUGCGAUCGACUCCGGCGUCAAACUUCCAAGGCUCAGCAGUCCUGUUGUUGCUGGUCACACCGUGCAUCUCGCAGCUGAAAGAGCGGAUAGCCCCGAUUGUUCUUGGACGGGACCGAAGAGAGUAUUUGUCAGGCAGCAGAGUAGCUUGCGUUGCCGAAAAGGAGUUCGGCCUUGCCGACCUGGGCGACUGCAGCGUCGAAGCCGAAGAAAUCGCGUUGUUGAGCAUGUGCCGACAGGAAGAAAACAAAGCUCGGCGACUGAGACACACGCGGCGGCAAAGGCGCAGCGAACAAAGCACAGCCCGCUAUGCAUGCUCCAAAUCUCUCGGCGCGUUUGCAGCCUUGAAUUUUUCUCGGAAGAGGCGCACGCACAUGUCGCUCAGAGAAAGCAAGAGAGAGGACCCUGAGCUCGGUCUUUCCCUCUUGGUUUCUUGA